UUCGCGGGGACUGCUGGGGCGUGGGAGUCGGGGACGUGCAGGGUCGCGCGCAGCCUUUGAGGACGCGCUUCGUGGGUCGCGCGCACCGAAGCUCAGCCUAAGUGGAAAUUAACGACAGACAAGGAAGCAGCGCGUCGGCAUGAAGAGGCAGAGGGCGUCCUCGCAGCGGAAACCCGCGCGGAUACCGUCCGGGAAGGCCGGAGCAGAAAGUGGAUUUCUUAUGGAAGUGUGUGUUGAUUCAGUGGAGUCAGCUGUGAAUGCAGAAAGAGGAGGUGCUGGUCGAAUUGAAUUAUGUUCUGGUCUGUUGGAGGGAGGAACCACACCCAGCAUGGGUGUCCUUCAAGUAGUGAAGCAGUGUGUCCAGAUCCCAGUUUUUGUGAUGAUUCGGCCCCGAGGAGGUGAUUUCUUAUAUUCGGAUCGUGAAAUUGAGGUGAUGAAGACUGACAUUCGUCUUGCCAAGCUGUAUGGUGCUGAUGGUUUGGUAUUCGGAGCAUUGACUGAAGAUGGACACAUUGACAAAGAGCUGUGCAUGUCCCUUGUGGCCUUUGACAUGGUUCAUGAUCCAGUGGCAGCUCUGGAGACACUCUUAACUUUGGGAUUCGAACGAGUAUUGACCAGUGGAUGUGACAGUUCGGCACUAGAGGGGCUACCCCUAAUAAAGCGACUCAUAGAUCAGGCAAAAGACAGGAUUGUGGUAAUGCCAGGGGGUGGCAUAACUGACAGAAAUUUGCAAAGGAUCCUUGAGGGUUCAGGUGCUACAGAAUUCCACUGUUCUGCUCGGUCUGCCAGAGACUCAGGAAUGAAGUUCCGAAACUUCUGUGUUUCCAUGGGAGCCUCACUUUCUAACUCAGAAUAUUCUCUAAAGGUAACAGAUGUGACCAAAGUAAGGACUUUGAAUGCUAUUGCAAAGAAUAGCUUGGUGUAGCCAGACCGCUCUGAGCGACAUGGAUAUUACAGGAUGAAGGUAGAAGUAUUGUCUACAACUCUCUGUGAUACAGCUUUAACCUUCUUUUCUGGCCAGGACAGUCACAGUCUUUGUUUUAAGUCUCACAUGGCCAUGGAGAACAUUUCCAAAGGAGAAAAAGAACUUGAAACAGCUAUAGUCACUUCCUUUGCUUAGUCUUGCCAGCCAUCUCUGUCUUCACGGUUAAAUGUGAUCUGUGCUUCUUCUACAGAUAGGUUUAGUCUGUUGGUGAUGGAAUUAGUUGGUGAACUGGAAAAAUUCAACAGCAAAGUAUGAAUUCAGAGUGUGACUUAAAGAUCAAUUCAAUAGUAGUAUUUUGCUUUUUUGUUUGUAAAAUAAAAAUUUCCAUUCUCUUUUGGUUUAGUCUGUUAUUCUUACCUUAAGUAGUCUGUUGCCAAGUAUAAAAGGGAUGAUUUUGUUUUUUUCCUUCAUUUUCUCUUUUUAUUAUAUAUUAAUUAGAUAUGUGAUCCUGGGCAAGAUGCUGAGGGUAUGAUAGUAAAACGGUACAGUGUAAAAAUCCCCAGACGUGGGAAGCAGGAUGUAAAAGUUACUAGACUUAUAAAGGAAGACGUGAUCUCUGGAGUUCAUAGGUUACUUCUGCCUCUGAUCCAAGAUAGAGAAAUGGCUUAACCAUAAGGUCCAUCUGACAGUCUAGACCUAUACUAAAAACUGGGGAGGUUAGGGAAGUCAUCAAAGUAGUCACUUCUACCUUUUAACUGAGGCCACAGAUAGGGAGGAUAGAUUCUAGUGAUGAAACAUGCUUUUCCUAUAAGCAGGUCCCAAAUGGUUAAGUUCAUCAUUAGCUUUAUCUGUUACUUUCAUAUUUAUAACCUCAUUUUAUACUAACAACACACUGUUAAUAGAACUGUGAGAGUAUCUGAAGCACAAUAUAAAGAGCUUGUCCUUGGUCAGGAAGCUAGUUAAUCGAGCUUCUGUGAAUAGCAUGCACAGAUUUGGGUACUAAUGGAUGUAGAUACGAAGGGCCUUACCUUAUUUAAAUGUGUCCGCCCCCAACACCUUGAAAUCUUAGUUUCUUUUCUUAUUUUUUCAAGUACAAUUUCAACGUAGAUAUUUGCUAAGUAGUUUAUGAAAAUACGAGAAGCAAACUGUUUUAAAACUAAUAAUAACCUUAGUAAUGUCCUUUCUUGCUUGUUGAGACUUACUAAAGGUAAUAAACAUUCCAAAAAACAGUUUUCACUAUUGGUUUUGAAAUCCAGAUACAAAUACAUAAGCAAAACAUAAAUGCACACAUAUCAUAUUUAGUCUUUUGGCCUAACUCUUCCUCAUGCUUGGACUUCACUGUAUGAACCUCCUAAGAGCUGGCUAUGGUAUCAUCCCUGUUUUAUUUAAACAGAUUAGCUAGGGACCUGAAGCGUGGUGUGAAUUGCUCAAGGUUUAACAACAAGUUAAUGUUGUUAUGAAACUUGAACACUAGACUCCUAAUCUCCAACCUUUCUGCUUGUUAAUGGCACGAGGUUGGGAACCAAACUAGGGUGAGGUGCUGAGGUGGACAAAAGUUGUAAAUAACUCCAAACUGUAGUUAAAACUAAAUAAGUCAAAAUGUGGCAUAAAAUGGAUUUCAUGUGACCUUAUUUUGGUUAAAAUUAAAUACAGUAUUUAGGAACACAGCAUUAUAUAAACAUCAUCCAAAAGUGCAGGAAGAGUACAGGUUUUACAAGGUAUCUAAAUGCUAAAAUAGGACUAUCCAUAGCAUUUCUUGCCUUCUGAAGAGAACUCUUUGUUUAUAUUUCUCAAUCUCUGAAGAUUUCUUGGUAUUAUAAGUUCAACAUCUGGAGGGGAAAAUUGGAAGAAGCCAGAGAGGCUAUGUGAUUUACUUUGGAAACGGCAUAGAGCUACUUUGGGAGGAAGAGAAGAGAUCUAGAAGGUCAGAUAGCGGUAGGGAAGUGAGAUGGGUGAGCCUAAGUGGGCUGGGGCCUUUUGGGAAAGGGAAUGAAGGAGUUUGGUGAUACGAGAACUUUGGAGAGAAUGGUAAAGAGAUUUUAGGAAGAUUUGCUCUUGGUUUAGGCAGUGAAUAUUAAAUGCUGUAAUUCUCUUUGCCAUCUCUGCAAUAUACUUCAAUAAAAUUUAAUAGUAUUUGCAAGAAUUUUGGAGUUUGAUACUGUGUUGAAAAGUAAGCAUGAAGUCUAUAUUCCAUUGUAUAAGAACAGUUUAGAAAUCAAAAGGACAUUGCAGAGAUCUCUCUAAAAAUGGCUAAGGAUAUUUUUUUUACAGUAAAGUUUUUAUUACCUGUUUCUUAGUGGAGCUACUUUUUUUCCCCAAAUACUAGGGAGAAGCCUAUGUAACAUCGGCUUGCUAAUUAGCUAAUUAUUCUCUCUUCUUUCUAAGUAGUCCAGCUGACUAAAAUGUGAUUAGGAAGGCAUGAUAUUUUUUACAAACCAGCUAUUCUCUGUCACUGUCUGUCAUUCUUUUGUCUUCCAGGAAACACAAAAUAUCCUCAUUCAUCAUUUCCAGUUUGCUUGGGACUUUCUUGGUUUUAGCAUUGAAAGUCCAAUGUUCCUGGAAGCCUCUCAGUCCUGGACAAACUGGGAAGGUUUGUCACCUUACCAGCUCAGUAAAAUGAUCUUUUUCCCUCUUCCUUUGUUCCUCACCUCCCUGCCUUAAUUCUGGCAAACCUAAAUUAGGAGAGGAGGAAUUGAGGAACAAAGGAAAAACAAAAAAGGAGAGACGCUUUUCUCUCUGGCAGUAGCUGGUCCCUGAACCAAGAAAAGGGAGAGACUUUAAAUGGAUGUGGUUUCUUUUUGGGGUGAUAAAAAUCUUCUAAAACUGAUUGUGGUGUUGGCUGCACAACUCUGUGAUUAGACUAAAAACCAUUGAAUUACACACUUUAAAUGGGCAAAUUACAUCUUAAUAAAGCUGAUACAAAAAAAAUUGGAUGUGAGAGAGAAGUUUUACAUUACAUUGGCCUGGACCUUCUAAUACCUGAAAGUGAUGAAAAAGCUAUAGGAGAAGAAAACCCAAGACUCAGAGAAGGAACCAGUCUAUAGGACUAAUUGUCUACAUGAACUACAGCUUCCUCUACCCUGAGACCAGAAUAUGAUAUGGUGUGGAUAGGAGUCCUGAAACUGUUGCAACCAUCUCACCACCUAUUUGAGAGUAAAGCUGACAACAAAAGAGAGCAGAGUCAAAGAUUAGAGAGAAAUGGAACAGAGCCAAUCUAAUAAAUCAGUCUUGAGAACUAUACUACCUUUGAGCUUUGGGCCAUCAGAACCAAUAAGUAUCUUCAUUCAAGCCACCAUGAGUUGGGUCCUAAUAUGAUUGGCUACCACUCAUCUGUCAAUUUGUUGUACUGUCGUGGUUUGUGUGUUGUUAUGAUACUCUAAGC